AUGAGCGCCAAUCAACGUACAGAUUGCUUCUUCAAUCUGACCACACCAGAGCGGAUUGAUCUUUUUAGACGCCGCCAGGCCCUGCGAGUGGAAAAUGUGUUUCGAACAUUCUAUGGAUGGGCAAUGUUGCCGUUAGCGAUAUGUGGAGCGAUUGCAACCAUCAUUUUUAUUAUCAGUUGUUAUAAGGCCAUCAAAGCCCGUCGAGUAUCCCGAAAGUGUUACGCUUUGCUUAUGAAUCGUGCCAUUGGAGAUGCUCUGACAUGUUGCUCAGCAUUGGUCACAUGUAUCUACGUGUUGACGUGGCACGAUAUAAAUCGUGAUAUGGUUGUCGUAAUUGAGUCAUUCUUCAUCGGAUCCUUCUGGUCAGCUAUGGUCUCCUAUUGUUCACUGUCCGUUCUUAAACUGUUCGCUGUUUGGAAACCAUUCCAUUACAGAAAAUGGUUCACAAUGAGAAGAUGUGUGAAUUUGAUGAUUAUCAGUUGGACGAUUCUAGUUUUAAUGGUCAGUUACACAUUGGCAGUAUCUGCUCUAGUGAAGAUCCCUGAUUUGAAUCAAUGGUCAGGAUGUAAAGCGGAGACGUGUCUCAGGAAUAUGUACAGAUCCCGAAACCUGAUGACUGCUUCUGUGUAUUGUUUCACUAUCCUGGUCUUUGUUAUCACUUGUUUCUUUAUUCGGAAAGCUCAAAACUUUAGUAAUUCCUUUAAAAAAAGAGAAAAGGAUGGAGGUGGACGGAUUCGAAUGGUUCGAUUCCCAUUGUGGAAGUUGGCGCUAAAUGUGGGAACUUUUGCAAUAUUGAAUGUCCCCUAUGCGAUAUGGUGCAUUGGUCUGGUCCUCAAUCCUUACCCAUGCCUGUUCCAGCGAAAUUAUUCUGAAAUGAUGCGUCUAUUGGGAUGUAUCCGAUUGUUCCUGGUGACGAGAUGUAUUCUGGAUCCAGUACUUUCGUUUAUCACAGACUUCCAGCUCCGCCGCUGUUUCCUCGAAAUGUUCGGACAAGGAAGAAAGAUCGGAGACCAGCGAAGCACAUUCAAGCAGAGCUACAGUUCAUCGAGUGCCGAUCAGAAUUCCAUUAUCGAUCGGGGUACCAGAUCCCAAACAGUAACAACAAUUGCAAGUUCAAACCCAUCUACAAAGGACAAAACCAAAAAAUCAGCGAGUUUCGGUGGACUGGAGGUCGAUCGAAAAGUGGAUCGGUUCUAA